GUAAGCGUAACUGAGCGAUAUAAAGAAAGGAACCGUUCAAUUUCUGCUUGAUAACGUUUAGAGCCUCACAGUAGUCAUGAACUCUUUCUUGGGUAGUUUCUUAGUGUUAGUAUUUUUAUUCCUAGUCGUUGAAGGGCAACGAGUUGCACAGAAAAAAUGUUCCGAAUACCAAGCGCAGAAUCUUGCCAGAGCGAUUCUUUCCCCGACCGAACCAGCCAAACCCGUCGGAGAGUUCUACGGCGUACAGCUGCCCGAUAGACUUCUCGGGGAUCACCAGCCCAACUUUGGCGAGUUCCCUCAUUCGGUUCUGCUAGGAUGGCCAAAGCCCGAUAGCCCGAACCAGUACGAGCUGCCGUGUGGUGGAGCCCUGAUCAGCGAUCGCUACGUCCUCACAGCAGCUCAUUGUCUGCGCCAGGAGCACCCGACCGUGGCGAGGUUUGGAGAGUACAGCAUCCUGACCGAUGACGCUGACCAGGUUGAUGUGCAGGUUGAGUCCGUGGUGGUUCAUCCGGAGUACGACCCUAGCACCGUGUACAACGAUAUCGCCCUGGUUAAGCUGAGUGAACCCGUGACCUUUACCCAACUAAUCCAUCCGGCUUGCUUGUGGACGGAGCAUAACCUCAACGUGUCCAAGGUGGUUGGGCUUGGCUUUGGUCAGUACGAUUUGCUCGAAGGUGACGUCCCAGACUUGAUGAAGAAGGUAACGCUCGACCCGCUGGAUGUUCGCAUGUGCGAGGAGCAGUACGGCAGCCUGGAGAAGUUCCCCCGCGGAAUCGUCGCCAGUCAGCUGUGCCUCGGGGGAAACGACCGGCACGCGGAUGUCUGCCUGGGAGAUUCGGGAUCGCCGGUGCAGAUUCGGACCGAGCCGGCCAGUCCGACGUACCACGUGGUGGCUGUGACGUCAACGUUGCUGUGUGACGCCCGGGAGUCGCCUUCGGUUUACACGCGGGUUGCCAGCUACGUCGAAUGGGUUGAGGGAAUUGUUUGGGGUCAGUUUCUCGUUAGCACCCGGGAACUUCACAACCAGCAGCGAUGUUAUCGCCACCGUCGUCGUUGUUUGUGCUGUUGGUCUUCGCCGCCGGUCUUCAAGUUCAAGCGGAUUUCCCAGCGAAAAUGUGUCGAGUUCAAGGAGGAGACCAAACUGCUGAGCACCGGCAUCGCUUUGACGCUGGAUCCGGAUCCGAUCGUGUUCGAGUCGUUCAACUGCACCAAGUCGGUGGAUUUGAUCGUCGGUGGUGAGGAUGCCAAGCCUGGAGAGUUCCCCCACCAGGUGUUGCUGGGUUGGAAGGUGGACCGAAACGGAACCCUGGUGAACGACUUCAAGUGUGGAGGGUCGUUAAUCAGCGAGCGAUCCGUGCUGACCGCAGCGCACUGCCUGAAGUACGGAAGUCCGCAGUUCGUGCGGCUGGGCGAGCUUGACUUGACGAUCGAGUCGGACGAAGAGUUUGACGUGGGCAUCGAGUACAUCCGGCGACAUCCGGAGCAUCGGUUCAAGUCUUCGUACCACGACAUCGCCCUCGUCAAGCUGAAACAAACGAUCCCGUUCUCGCACUACGUUCGGCCGGCCUGUCUGUGGGACACGAUCGCGAUGAACGUGACGGCGGUGAUCGCAACCGGUUUUGGAAACACCGAGUUCGAAGGUGAGAAGAUGUCCGACACUCUGCGCAAGGUGCAGCUGGACCUUCUGAGCCGUAAUGAGUGCGAAAAGCAAUAUCUGGGCACGCGCAACUUCGAUGCCGGUGUUCAGGACAGUCAGCUGUGCAUCGGAAGUGAACGAGAGGGACGGGACGCCUGCCAGGGUGAUUCCGGUGGGCCGGUGCAGGUCAUUACGGAACCGAAGGGUUGUACCUACCAUGUGUUGGGAAUUACGUCGACCGGUGCGGCUUGCGGUAUUGGACGAUCACCGUCGAUUUAUACGAGGGUGGCUAGCUACAUUGAAUGGAUCGAGAAGGAGGUGUGGGGAUAAUCUCCAAUAUUUGUACAAAUUUUGAAGAUACAAAUGAUAUGGCAAUCAAAUAAGAUAUCAAUUAUUUAAGUA